AUGGAAAUCAAUGGAUACAAUAAACAAAAUAACGUAAAACCGUUCGUGUGCGGUGUGGUGAACCGCCCACUUUCGUUCCGCCAGGAAUUUCAAUUACUUUUCAAAUCUGGCACGUUCUGGAUGGCACUGAACUACAUAGUUUCUGCUAAAAAGGCAUCCGUAGUGACGGAUGCCGUCGUUGGAAAUUUCACAGGAGAUGAAGAUAUGAACUUGAUUCUUGCCAAAGUUAAUCGCUUGGAAAUCGUGAAAGUUGCCUCUGACGGAUUGAAAGUGGUGCAGGAAGUGCCCGUAUUUGGAAGAAUUGAAACGAUUAGGCUUUUCAGGCCUAAAGGAGAAAAUCGCGAUAGCCUUCUCAUCCUAACGGCGAAGAAUCACCUCGCCAUAGUUGCGUGGGACGUCGAAAAAGGUGAACUGAUUACCAGAGCCGCAGGUAGCGUCUGCGACCGCGUUGGUAGACCUAGCGACUACGGUCCUAUCGCCUGUGUGCACAAAUCCGGUUUAAUCGCUCUGCGUAUUUAUGAUGGUACGCUAAAAGUUAUCCAGUGGGAGGACAACAAGGAUUUGAAGUCUUUCAAUGUCCGAUUCGAGGACCUUGCAAUAGUAGAUCUGACCUUUAUUGAGACUCAAGGUGACUCAAUCAGACUUGCGUACAUUUCGCAGGACUCGAAUGGAAGACACUUAAAAACUGUAGAAUUGUCUCUAGCAGAGAAAGAAUUGAAGACUAUUUCCAAGCAGGAUAACAUCGAAACUGAAGCCAGAAUGGUGAUCCCGAUGCCUCUACCUUGUGGUGGUGUGGUAGUAAUUGGACAAGAAACGAUACUUUAUAACGGAGAAGACAAUGUGUAUUUGACGAUUUCACCCAACACAAUGAAUAAGGCCCUGUUUACUUGCUACGCGUCUGUGGAUACGAAUGGACAACGCAUUCUUCUUGCUGAUGAUCAAGGUGUUCUAUAUAUGCUUGUUCUUGAUGUCGAUGUAAAAGGUCCUCCUCCAUGUGUGAAAGAUCUUAAGAUGGAGUCUCUUGGUGAGACUACUAUAGCCGAGUGUUUGGUCUAUUUGGAUAAUGGGGUGUUAUUCGUUGGGUCACGUUUUGGUGAUUCACAGCUUGUACGCCUGACGUCGCAACCUCUUCCUGAUACCAACUCAUUUGUACAGGUUCUGCAAACGUUCACGAACCUUGCUCCUAUUCGUGAUAUUGCCGUAAUGGAAUGCGACGGUCAAAACCAGAUAAUAACCUGCUCAGGAGCAUUCAAAGAAGGUUCACUCAGAAUAAUUCGUAAUGGGAUCGGUAUUGAUGAGGCUGCUUCAGUAGAUAUUCCCGGAGUUAAGGGCAUCUUCACUUUGAAAAUUGGUUCAAAAAUGGACAACUAUUUAAUUAUUUCGCUUAGCUCUGAGACUCACAUUUUGGCAAUGAACGGUGAAGAAUUGGAAGAUACACAGUUACUUGAUCUGGAAACUGAUGAACACACAUUGUGGGCUGGAAUGCUGGGGACUUCUCAAAUUGUCCUACAGGUCACAUCCACUUCUGUUUUAUUGGCUGCAGAAGGUGCUAAGAAAACUGUUUGGAAGCCCUCUCACAGUUCUUUGAUCAACAUGGUUUCUGUCAAUCAAGGAAGUGGCCAGCUAAUUGUGGCUUGUGGUACCCGCGUUUACUACCUCCAAUGCGGCGAAAUGACGAUUACAGAGGUGGCUACCGUGACACUCCAGGAUGAAGUGGCAUGCAUAGAUAUUGGCACUAUAGAGGAGUCAUGCGAAUCAACCUUGAUUGCUGUUGGGUUCUGGAAGCACCACAGAAUAGCCCUAUAUUCCCUUCCAAACAUCACAGAAAUCACAUGUGAAAAUAUGCCUGGUGAUAUGCUUCCACGUUCGAUUAUGAUGACAAAGUUAGAGAACACCAUAUAUUUGAUGGUAGCUCUUGGUGAUGGAACAUUGUACUACUAUCAUGUCGAUCGCGAAAAUGGAGCAUUGCUUGAAAUGAAGAAAGCGACGGUUGGGACACAACCACCCAGUCUGAAUCGCUUCUACUCGCGCGGUCAAAUGCACAUCUUCGUAUGUAGUGAUCGUCCCGCUGUUAUCUUUUCUUCUAAUGGGAAGCUAGUCUUCUCUAAUGUUAAUCUUCGAAUAGUUACCCAUGUCUGUGCUCUGAACUCGUCCUCUUAUCGAAACAGUCUGGUUAUGUCUGAUGGAGAAACGAUCGUAAUCGGAACAGUGGAUGAGAUUCAAAAGCUCCACAUCCGUACGGUAUCUCUUGGAGAGUCUGUCCGAAGAGUUGUUCACCAACCCGAAACAUCUACUAUGGCUAUCCUUGUCAGCCGUCCUCUGGAUUCGGAUCGCUAUUCCGUCUCGAAAAUGACAACUGCUAAAUCUUCGAGCAAAACAAGUGCAGGACAAAGACCAAGCGUUUCUGUGGAUUCCACGGAUGGUGAUGUCCACUCAAUUGUAACGCUUGACGACAACACUUUCGAAUACUUACACUGUCAUGAACUUGGAUCAUGUGAACAAGCUCUUAGUGUAAUUUCGACAAAGCUUGGAGAUGAUCCGACGACAUAUUAUAUUGUUGGAACAGCUCUCGUUUACAGCGAUGAAACAGAGUCCAAAAAUGGUCGUCUUCUUGUAUUUGAGUCCGGAAAAGGCUCUGAACGAACACAUUUGCGAUUGGUUCAUGAAAAGGAAAUACGUGGUGCACCUUUCAGCAUGGAUGUACUCAAUGGGAAACUUAUUGUCGCAAUCAACAGUUCUGUUCGUUUGUUCGAAUGGACAUCAGAAAAGGAAUUGCGGCUGGAGUGUUCACACUUCAAUUAUAUUACAGCACUUUUCAUUAAAGUCAAGGGUGAUCAAGUACUGGUAGGCGAUCUUAUGCGAUCUAUGACAAUAUUGAACUACAAAGCUGUAGAAAGCACAUUCGAAGAGGUUGCGAAAGAUUUUCGUGGGAUGUGGAUGUCAGCGGUGGAAUUCAUUGAUGCCGAAACUGCACUUGGAGCCGAAGCUGGCCAUAAUCUAUUCACCUGUGAAAUAGAUCGAGGAGCAGACAAUACCGAUGAGAAACGGAGGCUGGCUGAAGCUGGAAUGUUCUACUUGGGAGAAAUGGUGAACGUGUUCCGAAGAGGUUCCCUUGUUUCUAGUCAUGUAGACAAUCCUCUGCCCAUAGAGAAACCUAUUCUCUUUGGCACUGUUGAUGGCACCAUUGGACUUAUUGUGCAGUUACCUGAGAAAUACUUCAGGUUUUUCUCAGAAGUUGAAAAGGGUGUGGCCAGAGAAACUGAUAAUUGCAUGAGAAUUGACCACGCGGUCUACCGACAGUUUACCAGCGAGAAACUUGUAGAUAAGGCAGUAGGAUUUGUGGAUGGAGAUCUAGUUGAAUCGUUACUAGAUAUGCCUCACGAAACAGCAGCAGCAGCUUUGGCUGGUAUCCAACGGCCAGAUGCAACAGAGGACAACUCCUCCUCACCGGAGGAGUUGAUGAAGAUCAUUGAGGACAUGUCACGGAUCCACUGA